CCGAAUGUAGAAAUAAAUCGGCAUGUAAUGCGUACGCAUAACGGACAGACUGCUGUUGGCUGUGUGGAAUCUUCAUCCGUCGUUAAUGAUAACUUAUUAUACUAUGACUGUAAUAGGUGGACGCGUGUCGAGCCAAGCGAUAAUUGUAUGGAUUUCAUACUUCCAAGUUUUACUAACCUCGUAGACGUGUAAUCAGUCUUUUACAAUUUUACAUGUAAAAUCAAUUCUUUUCUAGAACCCGUCGCGUACAUUUAAUAUGUAGUAUCGAAUCUUUGGUACAUGCAACAAAUAUUUCCACAGCUGUUGAGUAUCGAACCACACGCGUUUUAUGUUUUUUGGCCUGAUGUCGAGGUCACGGUCAAAGUUCAAAAACCUACUAACGGCGUCAGCGAUUGCAUACCCACGUACGCAUCCAUGGUAGUCACGCAGAUACGAUUUGCGGUUUAACUUAAUGGAAACUACGGCGAAUAAACGGCGAUAGACGGACGUUCAUUGCAAAAAGGAACUCGUCACUGUACUUCGCAACGUCACCGUGUGGCUUUCAUACGUUAUCGCCGACUAAUAUAAGCGGAGGAAUAAAGUGAAGGAAAAUCGUGAGGCUCGUCUUGGGUUUGCGCUUGAGUUAUUUGACGCUUAGUUUUCGCCAACGGUACACGUACAUUAGCCGAUAGUUAUCUAGGUUUUCCCAAUCUAUGCAGUGAUAUAUGUCGAAUGCGGCAGCGGUCAAGUAUUAUCAACGACGUCUUGAACCUCUAUUACUUACUUCAAGGGAUCUCCGAGUAAACCUGGCGUUGCAUUGCCAGGUAGGUUUUCGACCAAUCUCAACACUUGUAAAACCGAAUUAUACAUAUACCUGACCAGCUGAACAAAUUACUGAUUAUGUGAGGAUUGGUCAAUUAACUGUUGUCUUGGGAAUCCGACGAGAGAGGGAGAGACACGCUUGAUAUCGAUGGAUGAAGGAAUCUUGCACGUAACACAGCGAUUUACUCUACGGAAUCGUCAUAUCCACUUAUAUUAUUGUUGACGUGAUGUACGGUCUGUUUUAGUCGUUGCAAGCGAUUCCUCGUAGAUAUAACCUUCGUGGUGUAAUUCAAAUUUCCCUCGAUCCCAGUGCCGUUUCAAAUUGUUAAAUGUAGUAAACAAGCCUGCGUGUUCAUAGAGGGUAGUCCGUGUACACUGUCAAAUGGCGAAGGGCGAGGAGUUUGCAAGAAGCUGCCGGAUUGCCCGACGAAGAUGCGGGAACUCCAUCGGGGAAAAUACAACGAUGCCGACCGAUGCGGUUUCGAGGAGUUCACUGAGAUUGUUUGCUGCAUAAAUAUACCAGGGAAGGUGGGGAACGACGAGAGGAGGCCGCGACCGGCCGAUGCUGCUUGUCAGGAAUACAGCAAUGAAGUUCUACCAACCGAAGGCUCCGUGAAUUUCUAUGUAUUGAACGGAGAAGACGCGAAAUCAAGUGAAUUCCCGUUCAUGGCAGCGCUUGGUUAUGCGGAUGGAUCGAAGGACAACGACGCCAGCAGUAUCAAAUACACGUGCGGAGGGACUUUAAUAUCUCAGCAACAUGUCCUCACCGCCGCCCACUGCGUUAGCAAUCUGGACGGGCGAAUUCCCGUCGAGGUAAGGCUCGGAACGACGGAUCUGAUCACCGCCGAAAGGGAUACGCAACGGGUGCCUGUAGCAUCUGCGAUACCGCAUCCUGAUUACUUGAUAACCGAGAACUACAACGACAUAGCGAUAUUAAAGCUAAGGGAACCAGUACGGCUGUCGAAUUCGGUACAGCCGGCGUGUCUGCUUUCAAAAUCCUUGAACGUUUUGGAGAGAACGAGGAAUGCGACUCUGGUUGUCGCCGGUUGGGGAGUGACGGACUUCGACGGUACCGAGACGACGAAACUGAAAAAAGCUGUCGGUCUGAGAUUCGUAGAAACGAACGAAUGCUCGGAUAGCUACAGCAGCAACAACCCGAGGCUUCCCAAUGGGCUGGACAAUAUGAUAUGCGCGAUUGACCCGAACACCACGCGACGAGCGGACGCCUGUUGGGGCGACAGCGGGGGACCGCUUAUAGCAUCUUCGGGAUCCGCGCGGUUUGUUGCCGGAGUUACGGCGUUCGGCCAAGCCUGCGGCGGAUCGACGCCCGGCGUUUACACAUCGGUUUACGAUUACUUGAGCUGGAUCGAAGACCAUGUUUGGCCCGACACCGAAGGAACACGAUCUAGAAGCGAUAACAUAUGGUGAAAUCCGACUCGCAGGUACGGUGUGCGGAAAUGAAACUAUUUGGCAAACUCUUAUGGAUAUCGGCACCUCAGAUCGAGAGUCACACGCGUGUUUCUGCCCGCCAAAUUGUGUUUAAAAUGCAGGCGUGUAAUACGUAACACUGGAUGCCAGAGUUGGUGAAAAAUUCGUGCCGCUGUUAUCUCACUAUCUCGGUACCGUUGGGUCGGUAUAUUUGAUAUAAUGAAGUGUAUUAUCGAUAUACGCACACGUCGGACAAUGGUGUAUCUAUACGCAGCUUAUACUGUGUCACUUUACUAACGAUAAGGUACCAUUACAGUUCACCUCGAUUUUGCGGAUUUUGCUGCUAUAAUUUAUUUUACUUGUCGCAACCUUCACGCGCAAUAGAAACAUUUCCGAGAAUUGAAAACUUCGUCACAUUAUAGCUGUGGAAUUAUAAGUGCGUAUGAAUACCGUAUGCCGCGAUUAAAUAUGAUAGCCAAAAUAGUUGUAUAAUAUUUGACCUAUCAAGACUGCAAAAAUUAUCAUUCAAAUGAUAAUUUGAAAUUUGCUUGCCCUCAUUAUAAACAACGUCGCUACUUGACAUUUAGAUACUUGCGAACCAGAGUAAGAUCUAGGAUACCCGAAAUAACGGUUGAUUACCAGUGAAUACUACGGGAUUCCCAACAUCAUAAGUAACAACUCAAUUUUGAGAUAUGUCAAAUUGCAGUUGAUAUUACUGCACGUAAAUCGAAGAUAUAGUAUAAGUGACUAUUUUUUAGAACUGCGAUGGUGUUUCUAUCCUGAGUUUAUUGAACUCCAUCUCAGACGUGCAGAAAUGCACAGUGAUAUUAUUCUAUUUUGUACAUAUGUAUACAUACGAUAUAGGUGUGUAUAGUUUUUGGCGUUGAUGUCAAAAAAGGAUGUUUGCUUAAACGGACAACAGAAUGGUGCUCAAUUUUUACGUAAUAAUAGAAUAGCAACACGGAUUGUUAAAACUAUAUUUUGCUUAACUAUUCCCCUACGACCUCUUACAGAGCCGCAGUAUUUUAUAAACCAAACUAGCACUUUCAUGUUAUUGAAUAUGUAGUUGCGUUUAAUUUUUUACGUCGUUAAUAAAACAUGUAUUAAAAUUUUCUUCGUUCAAUGCAGUUUCCAUCCGCAAUUGACACGGGGUAGGGAAAAUAAAUUGUUUUGUUCACGUUGUUUAUACUUUUUUGAUUAAAAAUAUAUAUAUUUUUUCAGGCAAUCACUAUUUCAAUUUGCAGUCAACGUGAAACUAUCAUAUAAGAAGAUCAGAGUACAAAGGAUUAUACUUGAACGCAAGCUCAAGAUGUUCUAUCUGAAAAAGAAAAGACGAACGAGAUACACUUAUCUAACACUCGACAUUAAAAAUGUAAUAUUCACUAGUAAUACAGAGUGUUCUGUAAUUACGAUAUAACUAUUAUAUAUACAAACACAGCUAUAGGUGCGGCCAAUUGUCACUCAUCAGCCUUCCAGCCUUGCCUUUUGGCUCAGCUAUUCAAAUAAUUUAGAUUGAAAUUUCCUUAGAAGAAUUAUAGCGUUAUUACAAAUAUUUCUUACACAUCAUAGCUUGAUCAGCAAGUUAUAAGGAUGGUCAAAUGGACCGAUCACGCGCUGACUUAUUACCCAGUGCGGUAAAAGUUUACCUACGAGGUGACAAAUAAAUAUUAAACAUAGCAAUUUAGAACCCGAACUAGAAACAUCUUUGCCUGGUUUUCAAAAUAAUUAUCUCAUUUACUAAGAAAAACGAUCGUAGAACCUCACUCAAAAUCAACAAAAAUACGGUAUUCUUUCUCUCCAAACAAUGCAGUAAACAGUGGCGAUCCAAUCUUCAGAAAUGUAUACGUAUCAACUGUCUACUCGAUUGUCCGUAAAAAUAAUGUAACUUUGUGAAACCAUUU